UCACUUUGUGGCACUGCAAGUGCGUUCCUCUCCAACUCCUUGAGGCAGAUUCUCCCUUGAGAAUCCAGGGCACUCUGAUGCUUCCUCUGAACCCCUUCUAGCUUUCUUUCCUCUUCAACCUCCCCGCUGCUUCCCUAUCUGCCCCAGGAAGCCUUCCCUGAGUGGCCUCAGUGACUUUGCUCUGGCCAUCCCUCCCUGUCCCUCAGUACUGACAUCCUGGUCUCCUGCCUGCUUCCUCACCUUUGGGCAUGCCUCUUUCUCCAACAACCUGGGAGCUCCGAGGGCAGGGUCUGGGUUUCCUUCUCCCUUGGCUCUGCACGUGCUAGACACUUAUUCUCCAGGCACGUCAGAAUAAGUCAACUGGAGCCAAGUGACAGACACAGUCAGAUCAAGAGCAUCUUGCUCUCCAAGGCCCAGCCCAGGUACGGGAGUGGAUAAAAGUCUCGUGCUGGGGCCCCAGGGCAGAAACUCACACACCUUGACAAUCUGUCUGUCCGUCUGCAGCUGCGUGACUGUCUGUCUCUGCCAUGUCUCUCUCCCCAUGCCGGGCCCAGAGGGGCUUCAGCUCUCGCUCAGCCUGUUCUGCUCGCUCAAGGGGCUGCAGCAGGGGAGGCUUCAGCAGCAGGAGCCUUAAUUCCUUUGGGGGGUGCCUGGGAGGCUCUCGUGGGAGUACCUGGGGGUCAGGGGGAAGGCUGGGGGUGCAGUUUGGGGAGUGGAGUGCUGGGCCUGGGCUCUCCCUGUGCCCUCCGGGGGGCAUCCAAGAAGUGACCAUUAACCAGAAUCUGCUGACCCCACUGAAGAUUGAGAUCGACCCCCAGUUCCAGGUGGUGCGGACGCAGGAGACCCAGGAGAUCAGGACCCUCAACAACCAGUUUGCUUCCUUCAUUGACAAGGUGCGGUUCCUGGAGCAGCAGAACAAGGUCCUGGAGACCAAGUGGCACCUGCUGCAGCAACAGGGGUUGAGUGGCAGCCAGCAGGGUCUGGAGCCUGUCUUUGAGGCCUGCCUGGAUCAGCUCAGGAAGCAGCUGCAGCAGCUCCAGGGAGAACGAGGGGCUCUGGACGCUGAGUUGAAGGCCUGCCGGGACCAGGAGGAGGAGUAUAAGUUCAAGUAUGAGGAGGAGGCCCACAGGCGCGCCACACUUGAGAAUGACUUUGUGGUCCUCAAGAAGGAUGCGGAUGAGGUUUUCCUGAGCAAGAUGGAGUUGGAGGGCAAGCUGGAGACUCUGAGAGAAUACAUCUGCUUCUUGAAGCAUCUGAAUGAAGAAGAGCUGGGCCAGCUCCAGACCCAGGUCAGCGACACGUCUGUGGUACUGUCCAUGGACAACAACCGCUACCUGGACUUCAGCGGCAUCAUCACUGAGGUCCGCGCCCGGUACGAGGAGAUCGCCCGGACCAGCAAGGCUGAGGCUGAGGCCCUGUACCAGACCAAGUACCAGGAGCUUCAGGUGUCUGCCCAGCUUCAUGGGGACAGGAUGCAGGAAACGAAAGUCCAGAUCUCUCGGCUGCACCAAGAGAUUCAGAGGCUGCAGAGUCAGAUUGAGAACCUCGAGAAGCAGAACGCCAGCCUGCAGGCCGCCAUCGCUGACGCUGAGCAGCAUGGGGAGCUGGCCCUCAAGGAUGCUCAGGCCAAGGUGCACGAGCUGGAGGCUGCUCUGAGGACGGCCAAGCAGAACCUGGCCCAGCUGCUGUGCAAGUACCAGGAGCUGAUGAGCACGAAGCUUUCCCUGGAUGUGGAGAUUGCCACCUACCGCAGGCUGCUGGAGGGCGAGGAGUGCAGGAUGUCUGGGGAGUGCCCCAGCCAGGUCACUAUCUCCUCGGUGGGAGGCAGCACUGUCGUGUCUGGAGGAGUUGGUGGAGGCUUGGGGAGCGUUUGUGGACUUGGUGGCGGGAAAAGCAGCUCUGGGUCCUGCUGCACCAGCAUCGUGACUGGAGGCUCCAACAUUAUCCUGGGCUCUGGAAAGGACCCUGUUUUGGGUUCCUGCUCUGUGUCUGGCUCCAGCUCUGGCUCCAGCUGCCACACCAUCCUGAAGAAGACAGUUGAGUCGAGUCUGAAGACAUCCAUCACCUACUGAGUGAGCCAGCAGCCACCUCCUUCCUGAACACAUUUGGCCUGCUCCCCCCAUCAGCCGGCUCUGCACGGCCAACUCUGUGUCCACUGCCCACAGCCCAAGCCAGCCCACAGCGGAUGCUGCAAAAAUCAAUAAAGUCUCCCCUCCUGCCGUUCUGAAUGCUCUAAGUGCUUGCGCACCUCACCCAGCAAAACAAAAGCUGUGUGGCUCCCCAGCCUCCUCUCCUUGGAAGGCAAUCUGUGGCAUAUGUGUGUCCAAACGGGUCCUAUUGGCAUCUCACUCCACAUCCCAGCCACUCUAUCAAGGGAUCCUUCAAGCCCCCCAGUGUGUUCCUCGGGGUGCCCUCCAUCUCUCAUACUUCCACUGAUGUUUUAGCUGUGCUUGUAGCUCACUUUCUCGUCAAUUGCCUGUGUUAAGAGGUUCUAGUUCUUACUGCGGGCAGCCCCCUUCCUUAUUCCUGACUGUGCACCAAAUUUUUCUCCUCCUGGGAAGAUUCUCUAAUUCUCAUGUUUAACCUGCUGGGCCCUUCCUGUCCCUGGCAGUCUGGCUGCACCUGUUGCUGUCCUGGGCUCUGUGUCUGUCUGGUUCUGGUCAGGGACUCAGCUUCUCAAUUAGCCUGCACUCCUGCACCCAGGAUGAGGAUGUGCUCAGCUUGUGCCUGGGGGUUCUGAUGGAGACUUGGGGCUCAAACUCUGCCCCUACCCCCUUAUCUGUUGGCUCUCAUCUUAUCUUUGGGCAAGUCUGAACAUGAGGUUGGAAACUUCUCCUCCUUCCUCUCCUUCAGGAAACUCUGCAGGAAGCCAGGAGUGUGGGAGUCGGGUGGGGUGCCAGGAGGGGCUGGAAGGAUCACCUUUUCUACCCACCCCCAGCAGCCUCACGGGUGCGUGCAGUUGCUCUUUCCCCAUUCUUGCUUUCCAGACCCAGGUGGGGGACCUUGCUCAACCUCACACUCCACUGUCUGGGCUGCAGGAGUUCACAUUACACCUGUCCUUGCUUUAGAGGGAGGGCAGGCCUUUCCUCAGAUCCAUGAAUCUCUCCAUCCAAAUUAUGCAAGAAGGCUUUUCAGCUUUGUGUGAAGGAGACAGGAACCGGUGAGGAUGUGGCUAGAACUCCUAGGCUUGAAUCCCAGCUCUGCCGUUUCCUAGUGGUGUGACCUUGAUCAAGCGGCUUGACCUCUUCAGUUACCUCAUCUGUAAAAAGAGAAUAAUAAUAAUAUGUACCUCACAGGGCUGUGUGGCGACUGUGCCACUAGGAUCCCAGAAGGAAACGAAAUUCAUCCAAGGGAGUUCAAUUAAAUUGACUUUUU